AUGCAGCCAACAAAAAAUGCCGAAAUAGCUGCUCAGCCCCCGGGUGACGGCGCAGAUAGGGUCCGCGUCGGAAGUCCCUCAGCCUCCGAGAAGAAUAAGAGAAAAGAUGGUGACCACAGGUCCAAUACACCGAAGCGGUCUCGCGCCCGCCAACAGCCGCAUACCUCUAUUGCCAGUCGUGGUGAUGAUGGUGACUUUCAGAGAGGUCCGGGCCUAAAGUCUGGCAGACUAUGGACGCCAGAAGAGAAUACUUCUCAGCCUCGCAAGGCUGAUGCGACGCGCUCCAAGGAUCGAGAAACUACCGACUCUUCGAAAGCCACCCCGAGUCAUACUUUUGAAUACCGCCUUAUUGAAGGCAAUACAGAAGUCAUGAUUAAACAGCCUGAAACUCGUCCCAUAAGCCAAGAACAGCUUGUUGCUGAGGUGAAGGGUAUAUAUGCUGGCCUCGUCAUGGUCGAGAGCAAGUGCAUUGAGGUCGUCAAUGCACAAAGUUCGACUAAGGAUACAGGCCCAAAACUCAACAACGAACAAUGGCAGGCCCUCAUCGCUCUACACAGAACCCUAUUGCACGAACAUCAUGACUUCUUCCUGGCGUCGCAGCAUCCCUCAGCUAGCCCGGCUCUCCGGCGGCUUGCAAGCAAGUACGCCAUGCCGGCUCGAAUGUGGAGGCACGGGAUCCAUUCGUUCUUAGAACUAUUGCGUCACCGUCUUCCAGCAUCGUUGGAACACAUGUUAACGUUCAUCUAUCUGGCGUACUCUAUGAUGGCGUUACUGUACGAGACGGUGCCGACGUUCGAGGACACCUGGAUCGAGUGUUUAGGGGAUUUGGGACGCUAUCGAAUGGCCAUUGAAAAUGAAAACCUCAAGGAUCGCGAGGUGUGGAACUCCGUCUCGCGCCACUGGUAUUCUAAGUCUAGCGAUAAAGCCCCAACAACAGGACGUCUAUACCACCACCUCGCCAUUCUAGCUCGCCCAAAUGCUUUGCAGGAGCUCUCUUACCAUUUAAAGAGUUUGUGUGUUCCCGUCCCUUUUCUGAGUGCUCGGGAAAGCAUCAUGACACUCUUCGAUCCGCACCUUGAUGGUUCUCCUACGCGAUUGCAUCCGGUUGAUGCUGCAUUUGUCCGUGCCCACGGUAUCCUCUUCUCUGGGAAGAACAGCGACAAGUUUGAGUCUUCAGCGGAUAAUUUCAUUGGGGGCAUUGACAGUUGGGAGAGCCCCAGUGCACGUGGCAAACGCAUCCAAGGCAACAAGGGCAACAAACGCAACAAACACAGGAAACACAGCGAACGUAGCGAACGUAGCAAACGCAAAAAGCGCAGAGACACUGCAAAGUCGCUAAGAGCAAGAAAUGCCAGAAGAGCAAGAAAUGUCACUUCUUCUUGGUUGAAGAAGAACGGCCACUACAUCAGCAUUGCUUUGGGCUGCGCUCUGCUGGAAUAUGGUAGCGAGUCAAACGUGCUCAUGCUGGCUCUCAAAUCUGCUCCUGUAAUCGAAGCUGCGCCAACUCCCAGAUUCCUCCUUGCUCUGGAAUUCGCAGCCAGAGUUUAUAACACCGUCUUCCGCAGGAUCGGAGAUCGAAACGUACUCCCGUACCUGCACGUGGCACUUUCGUUUCUAUACCACAUGUCGUCAUUUCCGGAAGCAAUGGGUUACAUUGAAGCCAAAAUCCCCUGGAGGCUCAUUUCGAUGAUGCUCAACGCCCUCCUGAGAAAAUGCCCGUCACUAGACAGGAUCGAAUCAGAAGACUUCCCCCGACCCAACAAGGAGACCCCCAGGCCUUUACCUGAAGACUUUGCUCAACGCGGGCUGCUGUGGGUCGAUAAGUACUACCCCGACAACUGGUUCCCAUCGGAGGUUGACGAUGACGAUAAGUACUUUGAAGUGGCUUUAAUGGUCGAGGAGCGUCAGGAUAGGUGUCUUUGGCUUGGUUGCCGCCUCGCGUCGUCGGGCAAUUGGCUAACUUACGAUAAGCCUACAAGACGAUUUGGCGUGCCUCCGCAAUACGACUUAUAA